UCUGACAUGGGAGUGGAUGAGGAUAAGGCAUAGCAUGGAGUUACUUUAUUCAAUUUUACAAAAUGAAUAAAUGUCUAUUCACCUACAUCUUCUUUUUUGUGCAGCAAACAAACAACCUGACAAAUCUUCCGACCCAUAAAAUCUUCAAUUCUUCCUCCUUCUGACUUCUCUACGCUCUUCAUCGAGAUCGUGAUUUCAAUACGAACGAGGGGGAGGUUGUUUGUUGGUUUUUUCUUGGGUGUUUUUGGAUCUUGGAGUUUUCGGGAGUGUAAUUAUGUCGAUUGCAUUGGAGAGGAUAGAUGCGGGUACUGGGUUCAGGCGAGUGAUGCCGCGCGACUCCGUGUUUGAGUCGCCGUUGGUGGCGACGGAGGGGAAAGUGGAGGAGGAGGAGGAGGAGGAUUGCAGGAGCUUGUCUGGGACGACUUCGUCGUCCUCGAUCGGGAGAAAUAGUGACGAGGACGAUGAUGGUCAUGUGUCUGGAAGAUCAUCGGAUGGAGGAGAUGGCGAGGAAAAUGAGGUACAAAGUUCGUACAAAAAUCCCUUGGAUAUGAUGGAUUCUCUGGAGGAGGUUCUGCCCAUCAGAAGAGGCAUCUCAAGUUUCUACAAUGGCAAAUCCAAGUCCUUUGCUAUUUUAGCGGAUGCUGUUGGUUCUCCAUCCAUUAAAGACAUUGCUAAACCUGAAAACGCCUACACCAGGCGGCGGAGAAACCUUCUGGCGAUCAACCAUGUAUGGGAUAAGAACCGGAAUAAAAAACCCAUCACCUCCAGCCGGAGUACAUUGGCGUUGGCGGUUGCUAUGAGCAGCUCCGAGAGCCUUUCUAGUACCAGCGAGGAGUCUUCUUCCACCUUGAGCCCUCGUCUUCCUCCAUUGCACCCACAGUCCUCCAGGGUGUCUUAUAAUAACAUGUCCUUCUCACCGCCUACUAAACAGUUUUCCUCAAACUGGCGAUCCUUCUCAGUGGCUGAUAUACAACAAUGUACCAAUACAGCUACUACAAACUCACAUUAGCCCUCCAGGUUGUAACGGAACUGACCUUAUGAAGCUUCGUUGAUACCGUAAGAUGUUUUGAGUUCAUUUCCUAGCAUGUUUUAUGCUUCCUUGUGCUUUUCUGAGCCUUGAUUGCUUAAUGUAAAAAGAAAAUAUCAAUUGUCGAGCAGUGUCUUUAAUGGCUGCUGAUCAAUCUAACAACCAUUGGAUUUGUUUUCUUUUUGAAUGUUGAAGCAGAAUAAUUGCAUUAAUUUACU